CAGAGACCCCCCCCCUAAAUUUAUGUAAAAAUAUAUGCAAAUAAAGCUAAAUGGCACUAGCUACCCCUUCCCAUUUCUUUCCAACAGGAUUGGCUCAUCAUCAUACAUGCAGAUCCUUCCAGAAAAAUCCUGCUCAUUCCUUGGGAAAGUCCUACCCGCUUCCAAAAUGUCUGCCCGCAGUGCUGACGUCAUUUGAUCCGCUCCCUCAAGCCAGAAAGCGAGAACACUCCAAUCCGGGCUCAGUCCACGCCCUUGGCUUGCGUCACUUCCGAUGGUGCAGCAGCCAUUUUGUCAGUCGCGAGCGGAUCCCGCGCGCUGGAGAAGUGCAGUUCCCCCUGGUUACCAACUCGUCCGUUCUCCCUUCACGCUCUCGGCGCUGUCUAAGAGCGCUCACCAAAGGCGGAGCCGUUCCUCCGCAGAGUGCGGCCACUGCUGUUGCAUCUACCCAGGGCUAGUGCGCUGUCUUCCUCCACCACCACUGACAGGCGCCCUCAGGGAGCCGUCGUCCGUGAUGUCAAGCGAGGAAAGCUACCGGGCCAUCCUGCGCUACCUGACGAACGAGCGCGAGCCCUACGCGCCGGGCACCGAGGGCAAUGUCAAGCGUAAAAUCCGCAAGGCUGCUGCCUGUUACGUGGUGCGCGGCGGGACUUUGUACUACCAGCGGCGGCAGCGGCACCGCAAGACCUUUGCGGAGCUAGAGGUAGUGCUGCAACCGGAGCGGCGCCGGGGCCUCAUCGAGGCGGCACACCUGGGCCCUGGCGGCACUCACCACACCCGGCAUCAGACCUGGCACGACUUGUCCAAGACGUACUGGUGGCGAGGGAUAUUAAAGCAAGUCAAAGAUUACAUUAAACAGUGUAGCAAAUGCCAGGAGAAACUAGAUCGCUCCAGGCCAAUAUCAGAUGCUUCAGAAAUGUUGGAAGAAUUGGGGUUAGACCUUGAAUCUGGAGAAGAAAGUAAUGAAUCAGAAGAUGACCUGAGCAACUUUACUUCACCUCCAUCUACAGCCUCUAGAUCUUCAAAAAAGAAGCCAGUUUCCAAACAUGAACUUGUAUUUGUUGAUACCAAAGGAGUGGUAAAACGAUCUUCUCCAAAACAUUGCCAAGCUGUCUUAAAACAACUGAAUGAACAGAGACUAUCCAAUCAGUUCUGUGAUGUUACUUUGUUAAUUGAAGGAGAAGAGUACAAAGCUCAUAAAUCUGUUUUGUCUGCUAAUAGCGAAUAUUUUCGAGAUCUUUUUAUUGAGAAAGGCGCUGUUUCAAGUCAUGAAGCUGUGGUAGAUCUUUCUGGUUUUUGUAAGGCAAGCUUCCUUCCUUUGCUGGAAUUUGCCUAUACUUCUGUACUAAGUUUUGACUUCUGUAGCAUGGCUGAUGUGGCCAUUUUAGCUCGUCAUCUUUUCAUGUCAGAAGUUUUAGAAAUUUGUGAAAGUGUACAUAAACUAAUGGAAGAGAAGCAGUUAACAGUAUACAAGAAGGGUGAAGUACAGACAGUUGCAUCUACCCAGGACUUAUCAGAACAAGGUGGAGGUACAGCACCUCUAGUGGCUAGCAAUGAAGGAACCACAACUACUUUAUCUAAUGAACUUGGGGAUUGUGAAAUUGUACUACUGGUAAAUGGAGACUUGCCAGAAGCUGAGCAGAACGGAGGGCUAGUACGACAGCCUGAGCCCCAAGUUUCUUCUGCACCUGAAUCUGCUCUGUCAUCUGUAGAAUGUAUAACUGAUUCCCAUCCUAAAAUGGAGUCUGUUGACUUAGUAACUAAAAACAACCAGUCAGAACUAGAAAAUUCAGACAUCAGAGAAGAUGGCAUGGUUUCUAAUUUUCAUCCUAAACUUUCAAAAGAGAAUGUAAUCAGUAGCUCUCAAGAGGACAAUGAUAUGGGAAAUGACUCAUCAAUUGAAGAAAUCUGUGUUGAUGACAUUUUGAAACAGAGGCAGAACUUUGAUCAACCUUUAAAAGAUGAGGAAAAUCUAGUUACACCAACAGAAAAGACAGACCCUGGACCUGAUGAUGAUACUUAUAGAAGCAGGCUUCGGCAGCGUUCUGUUAAUGAAGGGGGGUAUGUCCGACUUCACAAAGGCAUUGAGAAAAAGCUACAGAAACGUAAAGCCAUUCCCAAGUCAGCAGUUCAACAGGUAGCCCAGAAAUUGGUUCAAAGAGGGAAAAAGAUGAAACAGCCAAAAAGGGACUCUAAGGAGAAUGCUGAAGAAGUGUCCCAUAAAUGCGGGGAAUGUGGAAUGGUUUUUCAGAGACGGUAUGCCUUUAUAAUGCACACACUGAAACAUGAAAGAGCUAGAGAGUACAAAUGUCCAUUAUGUAAAAAACAGUUCCAGUACAGUGCCUCAUUGCGAGCACACCUUAUUCGACAUACCAGAAAAGAUGCACCAGCAUCAUCAUCAUCCAAUUCCACAUCUAAUGAAGCUUCAGGAACAUCAUCUGAGAAGGGCAGAACCAAACGAGAAUUUAUUUGUUCCAUAUGUGGAAGGACAUUACCUAAAUUAUAUUCUCUCCGAAUACAUAUGUUAAAGCACACAGGUGUAAAGCCACAUGCAUGUCAGGUCUGUGGAAAGACUUUUAUCUAUAAACAUGGUCUGAAAUUACAUCAGAGUCUCCAUCAAUCACAAAAGCAAUUCCAGUGUGAACUAUGUGUUAAGUCAUUUGUUACCAAACGGAGUCUUCAAGAACAUAUGAGUAUUCACACAGGAGAAUCCAAGUACUUUUGCUCAGUUUGUGGAAAGUCUUUUCACAGGGGCUCUGGACUCAGCAAGCACCUAAAGAAACACCAACCAAAGCCUGAGGUUCGAGGCUAUCAUUGUACUCAAUGUGAGAAAAGUUUCUUUGAAGCAAGAGAUCUUCGCCAGCAUAUGAACAAACAUCUUGGUGUAAAGCCAUUCCAGUGCCAAUUUUGUGAUAAGUGUUAUAGUUGGAAGAAAGAUUGGUAUUCCCAUGUGAAGUCUCAUUCUGUCACUGAGCCUUACAGAUGUAAUAUAUGUGGCAAAGAAUUUUAUGAAAAAGCUUUAUUCAGAAGACAUGUAAAGAAAGCCACCCAUGGGAAAAAAGGGAGAGCAAAGCAAAACCUGGAACGAAUAUGUGAACAAUGUGGAAGAAAAUUCACUCAGCUGAGAGAAUAUAGGAGACACAUGAACAACCAUGAAGGAGUUAAGCCAUUUGAAUGCUUAACAUGUGGAGUAGCUUGGGCCGAUGCCCGAUCUCUGAAACGCCACGUCCGAACACAUACUGGUGAAAGGCCUUAUGUCUGUCCUGUGUGUAGCGAAGCCUACAUAGAUGCUAGAACACUUCGUAAACAUAUGACUAAAUUCCACAGAGACUAUGUGCCUUGCAAAAUUAUGCUGGAAAAAGACACCCUUCAGUUUCAUAACCAAGGAACUCAAGUGGAACAUGCAGUUAGCAUUUUAACUGCAGACAUGCAGGAACAAGAAAGUAGUGGUCCUCAAGAACUUGAGACUGUGGUGGUAACAGGAGAAACCAUGGAAGUUCUUGAAGCUGUUGCAGCUACUGAAGAGUGUCCAUCAGUAUCUACGCUUUCUGACCAAAGUAUUAUGCAAGUGGUUAAUUAUGUGUUAGCACAACAGCAAGGACAGAAGCUAUCUGAAGUUGCAGAAGCUAUUCAAACUGUUGAAGUAGAGGUGGCACAUAUAUCAGAAGCAGAAUGAAUAUAGUAGUGACAAAAAAAGAGCAUAUUUAUACUGAACUCACAGAACAUUUGUUUACAAUUUUAUGUGACUAUCCACUUAAGAGUUUAUAUAUGUCAAGGCUCUGGGCUGUUGGUGACAUUUCUAAACUCUUUGUCUGGCCAAUGAGUUCAUGGAAGUCCAUUUACUGUAAAGAAAUUGAAAACAAAUCUAUAUGAUGGUAGUAGUUUAUCAUGGUAUGCCCUUUAUGAAUUAAUGUUUAUUCAACAACUGUACUAAAUUUAAAGCUGUACAAUAUCAUUUGUAUUUUGACAUUAUUAUAUAUUUUGAGUUUAUAAAAGGCUGCACCAGUUGGCUUUUCUUCUGUUUUAUUCUGAAAAUAUAGAGGUUCUGUGAUUUCAGUUGCCCUGUUUGUGAAUUAAAAAGCCAAUUCUAAUAUAAAGCAUUUCAGUAGGAUACUUAGGUGUAUUACAGUUUUAAAAUGCUUUAAGAUCUGUGAUUCUUGCUAUUUAUUUUAACCUCAUGUCAGAGGUUCUUUAUUCUGUUUUAAAGCACUUAAUGAGUUACAUGUUGUAAUCAAGUUUGCACAAUAUAUUUAAAGAUAUGGGAAACCCAUAAAUGAAUAGCUAAUUUUAAUAUGCCAUUAAAAUGCAUGAGAUGCCUUUUAAAGCCUUACUAUACUACUAUACUAUCUCUUCAAGGCAGGUAAUUGACAAUGUGAAAAGAGUACUGUCAAAAAUUGUUCAUGGGCAAUUUCUCCUUGAUAAUGUAGGAACAUAAAUAAAGACCAAAAAAAAAAAAACCCUCAUUCUUUUGUUGAAGAAUGAACAAGUUACGUUUCAUAUGUUUUUAACUUUUGCAUCAUGUUUGUUUCAUUUUGUUGAAAAACUGAAGUUGAGAAGACAGCAAUAUAGACAUCUACAGUGGUCCUGUGGAUAUCUCAUAAUUGUCAAGUAAUUUUCGAAUAUUGAAAGUUCUUCAGUGUUGCCCUCUUCAUAGUAUACUACUUGAAAAAAUUAAUGGAUUAUGGUCCUUCCAAAUUGUUGAAAAUAUUUUGAAAAGUUACCUCAACACUAAAUUAAUUCAUGUGUUUGAUUUUUGAAUUCCCACCUCUCUAAGCUAUCCAACUUUCUGAUUUUCAAAAUGACCAUAGGGGAAAUGCCACAUUUCUCUUUAAGAAACUACCAUUCAAGCUAUAAUUGUUAAAAUUAAGCUUUUAGGUAUUAGAAGCUGUUAUAAGGUAUAAAAUUAAGAUAUAAUCAAAUUAUAUGUAAAUCAUUCCUAAAGCACAAGAAAAGAAUGUGCCUUGAUGUACAUAUAUUAUUAAGAUGCUUAUUUCAGUUUACUUUUAAAAUGGCUUUAAGGAUAAAGAAUAAGUGUGACAGCUGUGCAUGCAUUAUACUUAGAUAUGUAAUAUUUGCAUUUGCAAAUUUUUCAUUGUUUUGAUAGCUGUGUGGCUGAGUUUUAAGAAGUGAAUCAACAUACAGUCCAUAUGUUACACUGGCUGCUUGUUUAUGGUAUCUUUCAGUUCGUGAAAAAGUAUUUCAAUCGAUUAAAAUUUGGAAUUGUGUCUUUUAUGUUCCAUUUUCACUAUUGUUAGAUUUAGUUAAUUGUAUAAGAUAAUUAAUGUAUGUCAUAAAUAUGUAAAUAAAAGAUGUUGACUCUUGCUUAACAGCA